AUGAACCAGAAGCUGGAGCUUGGCCUUCCGCGGGGACUGGGCAUCGAGGGAGUCAAAGAUGGAGAAGAACCAGUCAGAUUUGGCCCCGAUGCCAUCCUUGUUGGCUGUGGCCAAGGGUGGAGCCUUCAGACAGCCUUUGACGAAGGUGAGCGAUGAACAAGGCCCCUCUUAUUUUGGAAAAAAGUGCUCUGAAGGGGCGUUGACCCAGAAGAUUCUUGCUCUUAUUAAUGGCAAAAGGUCAUGGACAAGCAAGAAGAACGGCGGCUGCGGCAGGACCAAGACCAUUUGAUGGUCAACCGGUAUGUUCAGUGUUCAGAUUUAUCUUUGCUAAGUUUUGCAACAUUUAUGAACAUUUUCCUGCUAAUAUCUGAGGCUAUAAAGCUCCCAUUUCUCAAAUUACCACCAGAAAUUCAGACAAAAACUACGGAAAUACAAGUAUAAUGCUGAUGAUUUCUUGAAUCCUUUCCCUGUUUCCCUAUUUAACACCAUUGGAAAGUCAGCAAGCUUUUUUUUGGAAGACAUCUUAAAGAAAAAUAGGUUUUUUUUCACUGGGCUUAUUGGGAAUGAUGUGGCACAGCCAUGGUCAGCGGCGCCGCCAUAACAAGCUCCUCUGUUCUGCAGAAUCCCGCCUACGCCGGAGCCCCACGGAAGCCAAGCGGCGGGCACAUCACACCGGGGUACAUUGGCAGGAUUGCACUGGCAUUCGUCUUCAUGUUCUUCCUCGGGGGGCUGCUGACCCUCUUUCUGGAGUACCUCCCCGCCCUGCUCGCAUUCAUCUCCUCAUCUGCCUAG